GAAUUCUCAAAUGUUAAACUAGCCAAAAUAAAGAGUCUAAGCAUAUUUUUCAUCAUGAAAAAAGAUUGAACCGGGUAGAAGAGGUUUAACAGAUGUUUUCUUCCUCAUAUAAAACCCGAAAAGAUUAUAACAUGUUGUACUUUCAUCAUCCUUUUUUCCAUAUAUUAUUGUGCGAAUAUUUUCUUUUACAAAAUGUACUCAAAAAUAUGCUUAGACUCUUUAUUUUGGCUAGUUUAACAUUUGAGAAUUCACAGUCGACUACGGCACAUUCUAUGGUGCGAAUCUGACUGCUUGAAACUACAAUAUCGUCAAAAUCUAAGUUCUCCAUCACAAGAGUCACAGAGUGAUUCUUUCGAAGUUGAGAUCGAUCUAACUCUUUACCUACAGCGUAUGAGUAUGAACGCUGUAAGCCAUCUUGAAUAGCUCAUCAAGUUCUACAAACUGGUAUUUUUAUCCCAUUGAAAACGGAGACUGACACUUGGGGACCUUCCUGCGUAAGUACUUUCCCAUCAUCCUUCGUAGCUAGAACAAAACUUUUCAUUGGAAUAAAUUAUUUAUCUAAUGAGGUAUAUUUUACGCUGUUUGAAUCUGAAAAAAGAGCACUUCCAAUUUUUAGCCGAAUAUCUCCAUCGUUGCCCACUAUGGCUGUGUGAGUGAUCUUAUUUUAUAGAGAAUAGUUCAUGCGAUAGUGCACCGUGUUUAAUUUAAAAAUGAAAAAAGAGUUACUAUUAAUGAGAAAGUGAUACUUAAACUAGGGACCCGAAUGUUCGGAUACGAUCUUUAAUUUUUGUAAACUCGUUCGUUUACUCCCAUAACUUUCUGAAAUAGUUAGCCUUCUUGUUACUAGCAUCGGACGAUUUCAUUUUGUAAGCAAACAAUACAACAAAAUCAUACUGCUUCAUUUUUUCAUUACAGCACUAAAUAAGUUUUAACUAUUUUCCUCCAUUACAAAUGUUUCAUCCUAGAAAAGGAAUGUCCAUUUGUCCACGUAUAUUUAUGCACAAUGGAAUCUCAUUCAAUAACAAUAGAGUCAUGAUUAAAAGUUAGAAUAGAAAUAAUCGACUGUGGAGACUUCAAAAAUGAAGAUAGUGGAUAUCUACGAGAUUUGUGCGCAGUCAUUAGAAAAUUUUUAGAUUUUAUUCAUCUUUUAGUUACGUAGUUUUAGUCUUGAAUGAAAGAAAAAUGUUGUCUAAAAAAUUAGAUGUCGAACUCUCAAAUUCAAACGUUCGAAAUCUCUAAUUCAGAUAAAACAUAAAAUAUUUCUCACUUUUAGAAUUAUCUCAAGAAUAUCGUGAUAUUUAUGACAAAUGUCCUAAUAAAAUAAAAACACAAAUAGAUCAAAAUAGACAUUUAAAGAAAUUAAAUUCAUCUCAGUCAUUUCAACCAUCAUCUAAAUCAACUUCAGUCAUUUUAUCAGGAUUAGCACAGACAUCUGUUAACAAUACUACACCACUUACUAAUCACAAUUCACAAGUUAAACCAGUCAUGUCUCAUAUGACACCAGUUAAACUAUCUGAACAGUUUUCAACUACUGCACCUAUAUCAUCUCCAUCCAUUCUUAAUACUCCAUCAACAUCGAUAUCAAUUCAUCCAUUAUCGGGAAAUAAUCUCUUAAAAAAGCCGGAUGAUCAUAAUUAUUCUCGAAUACCAUCAUUGAUGGAUGGACUAACAAAUAUAGCACAAUCACAACAAUCACCAACAAUAAACAAUCGUUCAUUUCCAUCAACACCUCAACAACAUCAAAUGUUUAUUACACCACCGUUCAAAUAUCCACCAACACCAUGUUCAUCAAUUCGAUUUCAUGGAUUUCAAUCAGGCAUAAUGAAUAAAUCACAUCAUGAUGAACGUUAUACUCAUAAUGGGAUGAUUCGUUCUCAAUAUUCAAAUAUGAGUACACCCUCAUUCUCAAAUAUUCAGUCACAAAAUUCAUUAUUUCAAUCAACAGUAAACGGUAAUAAUUAUGGUCGUACUCUCAAUUCUAAUGUAUACGAAUCAUUAAUAAAAGAUAAUUGUGAAAAUAACAAACGUUUAUUACCAUUCAAUAUUCAAAAUACAGAAAAUAAUUCAAAACGUUUUCGUCAUAUUGAACAACAACGACAAGAUUAG